AUGAACUGGCUCAAUCUGACUGAUCUCUGUCUCUACAGUGUCCGGGUUGUGCAGAACAGUCAGUUUGUAGAUUGUGUUAUCUACCAUAACUAUGCUUCCUUCUGUCUCUACCUGACAGGCAGUGCCCAGGUCAGACUGGUGAAUGGAAGGGGACAUUGCUCUGGCAGAGUGGAGGUCUAUUACAACAACGAGUGGGGAACAGUGUGUGAUGAUGGCUGGGGUUUGAAUGAUGCUGAGGUGGUGUGUAGACAGCUGGGCUGUGGAAGAGCUCUAAGUGCCCCAACAAAUGCUCACUUUGGUCAUGGCAGUGGGAAGAUCUGGUUGGAUGAUGUUGGAUGUUCUGGUGGUGAGAACAGUCUGACACAGUGCUCACAUAUAGGAUAUGGAGUACAUAACUGUGGUCAUGGAGAGGAUGCUGGUGUUAACUGCACUGACACAACACCCCAUCUCUCCAUCUUCCCGGCCCACUCUGCCUUCUCUCCUGGAGAGGACAUCGUCUUCACCUGCUCAGUCCCCUCCCAGUACAGAACUUCAGCCACAGUUCACCUCCACAGGUCUGGAGCAUCCAUCAGAUCUGAGACGAUUGGUUCAGGACAGUCCAGAAGCACCUUCACCCUGCCCAGUGUGGACUCAUCAAACCAGGGGAACUACAGCUGUCACUACCAGACUCAGAUCAAUGGCCAGACCAUCACCAGCCCCUACAGUGACUCAGUCAGCAUCAUCAUAGUGAGUCUUCCCCCGCCCAGCAUCUCCCUCACCUCCUCCCAGACCCUGCCCCUCUGGUUGGCCCGGGGAUCAGAGAUCAGAGGACACAGCUUCUCCAUCACCUGCUCCGUCUCCUCCCAGUAUCCCGGAGGUUUCUUCUCUCUGCUCUCCUCAGGUUCCAGCAGAACCAACCCCCAGCCCGCCUUCAACCAGUCCGCCUCCUUCCCCAGCGCGGAGGACGCGCACCAGGGCAACUAUAGCUGUGUGUACAGGGUCAACGUCUCCGGGCGGAUGUUCUCCUCCAACUCCACUGAGGAGCUUUCAGUCACUGUCAGAGGUAAGGGAAGGAUGGCUUUGUUACCUGACACACCUGUGUGGAUUCCUUCUCCCUCCAAGGACCUUGGGAUGUGUGUUUUUUAGCAGUCGGUGUAAUUUAACCAGCUGCACUUCGUAUAGAACGAAUACUUUUGCGUUUGGAAAUGUGUUGUCUUCGUGGGAAGUCUAGCGAGAUGUUUGUGUGUCAUGAAUUACCGAAGCUUGGCAGGGGUCUGGUCGUGUGGAGGCUGUGUCUGGUGGAGUUUGAGAUGGUGG